AUGCUCUCUUUGACUUCCACACUCACUCAGGAGCAGCUCAUGAUGUGUCCCGGCCGCAUCCCCGCAUUUUCAUUCAGCGAAAGAAAAUGGGGACUUUUUGAAGUGACUGGGAUAGGCCCCGUGCAAUUAGAUGGUUCGAUAUUCCACACCUCAUUGAUGUUGGACAAAACAUACAAAGACAUGCUCUUGUCGCUCGUUCGAAUGCAGUCACCCAAAUCUGGAGAAGCUUUUGGUGAUAUCAUCAAAGGAAAAUCGCAGGGUGUUGUAUUUCUACUGCAUGGUGAGCCAGGGGUGGGGAAAACUCUGACCGCAGAGACUAUAGCAGACUCUUGCGGACGGCCUCUUCUAAGAAUUAAUGCGGACAAUUUGAUCAACUCACCGGAAUCAGUAGAGAAUGCUUUGGGGAGAGCCUUGAAUUUAUCCGAGAGAUGGAAAGCCGUGGCUCUGAUAGACGAGGCAGAUAUAUUCCUUGAACAACGAAGUCGAUAUUGCAACACAAGAAAUUCAUUCGUCACCGCAUUCCUUCGGAUUCUCGAGUAUUAUCGAGGUAUUCUGUUCUUAACCACUAACCGGGUCAAUUCGUUUGAUCGGGCGUUGAAAUCGCGAAUUCAAGUCGCCAUCCAUUAUCCAGCUCUCGACGCCAAGAGUCGAAAGGAACUUUGGCAAAUAUUCCUCUCCAAAGCAUCUGCCACAGGUCAGCCAAAAGAUGCUUGGGCGGACAUUGCAGAGAAGCUAGCCUCGCAAGUGCUCAACGGGCGCCAGAUAAGGGAUUCUGUUCGAAUCGCCCAGGCGUCGGCGCUGGGGGAGGGCACCGAAAUUGAAACACGCCAUCUAUACAAUGCUCUCCGGUUAUUGCGAAAGUUUGAGGAUGAAUUUGAGAAUGGGCGGCUAGAGGAAGAUCAGCCACGAAAACGGGCAAGAUAUUUGGACAAGAAUGAGUAUGAAGAUGAAGAUGAAGAUGAAGAUGAAGAUGAAGAUGAAGAUGAAGAUGAAGAUGAAGAUGAAGAUGAAGAUGAAGAUGAAGAUGAAGAUGAAGAUGAAGAUGAAGAUGAAGAUGAAGAUGAAGAAUCUUAG